ACCACCUCGGCCACCGGGAGCACUGUUACCCACACGGUGCGCACCGUGGCGUCCCUGGAUACCACCGACGCGCUCCUGCGCUGAUCAGGAGCCACUGGCUGUGAGGGAACUGCGGGACUAAGAGGCACCUCAGCCGGUCUGCUCCCACUCCCAUCGCCGCAUAACGACGACGAUGGUGGUGGUGAUGGUGUUGAUGAAACGGAAUGGAGUCGAGCAGGGUGGAUUAAUUCUUCACCAUGAAUGACAGGUACCACAAGGCGGCCCGGGACGGCUACCUGGACCUGCUGAAGGAGGCGACUCGGAAGGAUCUGAAUGCGCCGGAUGAGGAUGGCAUGACGCCGACGCUAUGGGCUGCUUAUCACGGCAACCUGGAGGCUCUGCGGCUGAUCGUGGCGAGGGGAGGAAACCCUGAUAAGUGUGACAUAUGGGGGAACACGCCGCUCCACCUGGCAGCUGCCAAUGGUCACGUCAACUGCCUUUUCUUCCUGGUGUCUUUUGGUGCCAACAUAUGGUGCCUGGACAACGACUACCACACGCCGUUGGACAUGGCCGCCACAAAGAAUCACAUGGAUUGUGUCCGCUACCUGGAUGCCAUCGCUACCAAGCAGACAGGCCUCAACACGAAGCUGGUCACCAAAAUGAAGGACAGGGCGUUUCGCGAUGCUGAGCGGCGGAUCAAACAGUGCGUGAAGAUGCAGAAGAAGCACCACAAACGCAUGGAGCGGAGGUUUCAUAAGGAGACCUCUGAGGCCUCCGCGUCAGAUGUCAUGAGUUUUUCCAGUUACACCAGCAGCUCUCUCAGCCACAAGCUGCACAACUUCAAUGCAGCCACUGUCAGUGUGCCAUAUUCUCAGGCUACCCUCCACGCCACAAACCGAGGGAAGACAAAGAUCCAGAGGAAGCUGGAGAAGAGGAAACAAGGAGAUGGGACCUUUAAAAUCUACGAGGAUGGGAGGAAGAGUGUACGCUCCCUCUCUGGACUUCAACUGGGCAACGAUGUCAUGUUUGUCAAACAGGGGACUUACGUCAACCCAAAGGACCGUGGCCGCCGCAACAUUCGUGACAUGUUCCCCAGAGACAAUUACGAUGCCAUUUCACGUGCCAUGAGCGAGCCGGACCUCCACGGGCCCGAUGUGGAUUACUCUGAGAUCAGCACUGACUCAGGACAUGAUUCCCUGUUCAACAGGCCUGGUCUGGGCACCAUGGUCUUCAGGAGGAACUAUGUAAGUGGGGGGAUGUUUGACCUCGGUGGUCGGGAUGACGGCAGUGUGGACCAGUCAGGCAAUAACGUGCGUUUACGCAGUCGGUUGCAGCAAUACCCGAGUGCAGAUGAAGACAGUAUAGGAAGUGCACGCAGCCUGCAGGAGAGGAACGUGGAGGAGCUGCCCUGGGAUGAAGUUGAAUUAGGACUGGACGAUGAUGAUGAGGCUGAAACCAGCCCUCUGGAAGUCUUCCUCGCCACGCAGAGCAUGAGUGACUUUUUCUCCAUCUUUAAGAGGGAGAAGAUCGACCUCGAAGCACUGCUGCUGUGCUCUGACCAUGACCUUAAGAGUAUCCACAUCCCCUUAGGACCGAGGAAAAAGAUCUUAGAUGCCUGUAAGAGACGACUGGAAACCAUAGAGGACCCAGACUGCAUCGAGGACACAGAACUAUAAUACAAGUUGUUGUAGACGGUCCCUCUUGCUGUGUGCUCAUCCACGCUUAAAGGUCAGUGGAGCAUUGUGGAGUGAAUGUCACGUAUGGACAGAAAGGAUGUAAUGAUUUACCUCUCCUGGUACAUCCAUGGUCACAAAGCAGAAAGGACACUGUCAAGAUGAAUAUGUCAAGCAAGAAGAGACGAGCCUGAGACAAAUUCUUCACAGGAUUCUUUCACUGCGUCUUGUUAGCUGCAGCAGGAUCCCUGCAAAUAUCUCUGUAUUUCGCUGGUUGGAGUCGCCUGCACUGCAAGGUUUGACAAACUGAAAGACGAUUAUCAGAGUGAAAUGCUAUAUGUUCACUGUAUGGAUCAACGGAGAGUUGAUUGUGUCACCUAACCGUGUUUGCCCCUAUGGGGUAAAUCCUACCCCUUCAUGUGCCUGCAUUGCUCGUGCCUGUGCAUUUGCUUAAAAGUGUCUUUUGUCAUGAAUACCUUUGACAUUAACUUUAUUAUAACAUUAUUCUCUGUGUAAAUUCCAAGCAACACUUCCACCACUUGAGCCACUCGACUGUUUCCUCACUCACAGGCUACGUUCACAUUUCACAGCUUAAUGCUCAAUUACGAUUAUUUCCCCAGAUGUGAUCUUUCUGCCUAGACUGUUCUUAUUCAUGCUUGAAGUGACACAUAUCUGUGUGAACAGAUCUCUGCCCUGAAAUGCCUCACAUGCAACCACUAACAUGGUUAGUGGUUGCAUGACAUGCAAUGGGCCACAUUUGCUUGUAAUGUAAACGUAGCCAUACUUAAUCUCUGUACAUGUUUACACACAGCAAGCCGUGUCAGUCCAAGUGUGGCUCACUGGCAAUGCAGGCCAAGCACUCAUUGAGAUUACUCUAGUAUUGUGAAGUAUAUGAAAAUACAGUAUCCUUAGAUAAUUUUAUAAUACACAAAAUAACAUGUUGCAGUUCUGUAUUUUGCAUGUUCUAUCCAUACACUAGGAAAUUUCUAACCUCAGUGUAUCACUCAUAUGAGUCUUUACAAUAUGAAAGUCUUCCAGUUGUUUGUAUCCUGUAGGUUUAUAUGUCAUAGUAAUAAUAAUAAUCUGCACAGACGCACAUGUUGAUGUUUAUUAUCUCAACUUUUUACAUUUAGGUGGACCUUUAAUUUUAAAAAAGCUGUAAAUUACUAACUAACUAAUAUAUGUAUACAUUUUGCUUUCUUUACUGCACUCUACUUCUUCAUGGGUCAGAUUGAAGAUAUGCAGAAUACACAGUAAUAUGUGCCUUUAUAAUGUGGAGCCAUGGUUAACAUUGAGGGAUCCUCUGCGGGAGAACCUAAUGUUUUUAAUCGUGGCCUACUUUUUGGGGCAAAUUUGUUCCCUUCUUAAUUUCCACCAGAAUCACACACAUAACAUUUAGACCAUGAUGUCAGAGGAUAGAAUGUAAUUGAACAAUU